GGCGGGCGCGGGGCUGGGGGUUUGAACCGAGGGUCUCCCGCCCGCUGCAGGGCUGCGUCGGCUGCGGCGGGUGCGGGCGGCGGCGACGGCCUUGGCCGGCGUCUGGGUCGGGAGGCUGAGACUGGCGCGGCGGGCGCUGGGGGCGCUGCCCCUGAGGCAAUGAUGGGCAAGGAGGAGGAGAUUGCGCGGAUCGCCCGGAGGCUGGACAAGAUGGUGACCAAGAAGAGCGCGGAGGGAGCCAUGGACCUGCUGCGGGAGCUCAAGGCCAUGCCUGUCACACUGCACCUGCUGCAGUCCACCCGCGUCGGCAUGUCCGUCAACGCCCUGCGGAAGCAGAGCUCCGACGAGGAGGUCAUCGCACUGGCCAAGUCGCUCAUCAAGUCCUGGAAGAAGCUCCUGGAUGCUUCAGACGCCAAAGCCAGGGAGCGGAGGAGGGGCGAGCCUCUGCCCACAUCAUCCUCCAAGGAGGCCUCCGAGGCCAAGGAUCCCAGUCGCAAGAGGCCAGAGCUGCCGAGGACACUGUCGACCCCAAGGAUGACCACAUUCCCCCCGGUGCCGGUCACCUGUGACGCUGUGCGUGACAAGUGCCGUGAAAUGCUGACUGCCGCUCUGCGGACCGACCGUGACCACGUGGCCAUUGGUGCGGACUGCCAGCGCCUGUCCGCCCAGAUUGAGGAAUGCAUCUUCCGGGAUGUGGGGAACACGGACAUGAAGUACAAGAACCGCGUGCGCAGCCGCAUCUCUAACCUCAAGGACGCCAAGAACCCUGACCUGCGGCGGAACGUGCUGUGCGGCGCCAUAACGCCCCAGCAGAUCGCCGUGAUGACGUCGGAGGACAUGGCCAGUGAUGAGCUGAAGGAGAUCCGCAAGGCCAUGACCAAGGAGGCCAUCCGUGAGCACCAGAUGGCCCGCACGGGUGGCACACAGACAGACCUGUUCACCUGUGGAAAGUGCAGGAAGAAGAAUUGCACCUACACGCAGGUGCAGACCCGCAGCUCUGACGAGCCCAUGACCACUUUUGUUGUCUGCAACGAGUGUGGAAACCGCUGGAAGUUCUGCUGAGCCCUUGUGUAGAGGUGCCUGCAGCCGUGGGCCCUGGUCAGCACUAGCCGUCGUCCUCCUCGCGUCCUCUGGACACAGCUUCUCUGGAGACCCGUCCUGUGCCCUCCUCACCUCCCCCAGAGGGCAGCACGCCCUGCAAGCCCCCAACCUGUCUGUAGUGUACCUUUCUCCCUUUCCCCCCAAAUUAUUAAAUGGUUUUUUGUUUUGGUCA